AUGGGUACGGAUGGUGCGUCAGUUAUGUUGGGGAAGAAAAGUGGUGUAGUGGUCAGGAUGGCGGAGGAAACAGAACGACCAUAUUUGAAAGCCAUACAUUGUUCUGCUCAUAGGUUAGAGUUGGCAUAUAAGGACUCCAUCAAAGACAUCCCAAUACAUCAAAAGUGUGAGCUUCUCCUGACCAACUUGUAUUUAUUUUACAAAUACAGCCCUUUAAACAGGAGCAAUUUGAAACUGGCUGUGUCAAUUGGGAAAAAAGCCUAUGUACCAUCACGCACAGGAGGGACCAGGUGGUUACCGCACACUAAACGUGCUUUGCAGAAUUUUAAAGCUGGAUCAGAAAGCAUUGUCCUUCAUCUUGAGCAGAUGCAACAAAAUCCAUCCAAGGAAGCUAGUGCCAAAGCCCGCAACUUCCUGAAAGUGAUAAAGGAAAAGCAAACAGACUACUGGAUGCAUCUCAUGAUGGAUGUAGUAAACACCCUCAGCUACCUUUCACAGGCCAUACAGGAAAGGGAGAGCACAACCGCGGAUAUAACCAUGGAAAUAGAAAGUGUCCUUUUAACACUGAAAAAGUACAAAACAAGGUACUUGAUCCUUGACAGUGUCUUGCUAUUCAAAUGA